CACCCGGAGGUAUAGAAAAGAUGACUCUGAUCUACAUCUGUCUGGUGCUUUCCGUGCUUGUGGGCGCAUCAUUGUGCAAAACCACGCAACCCACAACAGCAGACGAAGAAAAAAUCUACGAACUCUACGCUGAACUUUUUAAAACGGAAGAAGAAAUUCAAAACUUAGUGAAUCAGAGUUUUGAGAUAUGGCCGCCCGUGAGUGGCAGAGAGGCGUCCCGUAUCCAGCACCAUGCAUGUUGCACGUCUACAGUAGAUUACACUGCGUAUAGUCAACUGCCUGACAUCAACAACGAACAAGUGGAUCUGAUUGUACUAAAGGGAAGGAAACAAUAUUUCCUACAUGAAAAAUGCAGCCAAGUUAACGAUUGCACAUGCGCGUGCACAUGCAAAUUAAUAACACAGCUAGCGACAGCUCUCGUCUGCAAAAAACAUCACAACUGUACCCCACCAAAACUAGAAUCUGUCCAGUUUCAAUUCGUGAAAUUUCCAAGUUUUUGUCGUUGUUUGAACAUUGGAAGCCCCAGUUAAAUAAUCAGUUGAUUAAUAUUUAAUUAAAAAUCAAGAAAUUUGUAUAAUUGGUUCUUAUAAAGUCAUAACAUUACAUUA